UCGUUGUGCACGUGGUGGCUUCGUCGUAGCUGUGACCGAGUCGGGAAACCCCAUUUGCCGCAAUCCUGCCACCUCGCACGUUGUACCACUGCUGCCUCACAUCUUUUCAUUGAUGCGGGUUUUGAACGAGCUGUGGAAACCGGAUGCCCUGCAUUCGUUUACGGAAUCGUUUCGAAAUGCGAAUGGCAUGCAGGAGCAUGAGAAAAAGCAGCUGCUAGGUAUUUCACCGAUUUUGCAGGAUCCGCUCGAUCCGUCACUAAAAAUGCCACCGACCGCCUUUGGUCGCAUGCAAACGUUCCUGUCCAAUAUCUUUGAACAUUGCUAUCACAUGAUGGGUUCUGCUGGCCCAUCUCUGGGGCGUGACUUGUACGCAUUACCCGGUAUUGCCGAUGCGAUUGUGGGCACCGUAUUUGCUAGCCUCGAGUACGUCCCCGAUUUUCGACUUCGUACAAUCGUGCGUGUAUUCCUGAAACCCUUUAUCUACACAUGUCCACCGGUUUUCCAUGAAACAGUUUUGCUGCCAAUACUCGCCCACUUGGUUCCAUUCAUGCUAACAAGACUGACUGCCCGUUGGCAUUACAUCACUUCACUCUACGAGUCCGGCGAGCUUGGCGAGGACGUUAAUGAUACGCAAGAGGUGCUGGAAGACAUGCUCAAUCGUACGUUGACGAGAGAGUAUAUCGACGUGUUGAAAGUAGCAUUGGUUGGUAGUUCGAUUGACCCUACAACGAAUGCUGCUGUCGAUGCUACUAGCAGCAUGGAUCAAGACGAUCAAAGCAUGGAUGGGCCGCCGCAAGCUCUCACGCGUGCUGCACAGUCAGCCAUGACUUCCGAGGUAAUCAGUGAUUUGGGUAGCAAACUGUUGCGCAAUCAGUAUACCUCCAAUGCGAUAGUGAUGACCGUUCUAAGCGUGCUUUCGUGGAAUGAUAGCAACUCUAGCUUGAAAGCGACCUUGCUCAGUGGGCCCAUCAUCCGUUUCCUGGCUGCGGAACAUCUACUAACGGAACCGUUGGCGUCCAACAUCAUAAUUGCCGUACUGAAAGCUCUCCAGCUUCACGGACAACAUGAAUCGAAUCAGACUUCACUUACCACUCUUGGUGUGCAGGUGUAUGAAAUUUUGCGACCAAAGUUCCCCAACAUUCUAGAGGUAUUGCAUCAGAUCCCGAAUAUAAGUACUGCCGACAUACAGAAGCUGGACGAAAAGAUAUCGCUCGGAAGCACCAAGGGUAACAAAAUUGAUAAGGCAAAGAAAGAUUUGUUCAAGAAGAUGAUCUCACCCAUUAUUGGCCGCAACAUUGGGCAGCACGGUCGGAAGGAAGUGAAAAUCUUGAACCUACCACCAAUCUUGGUGCCACCAAAUGCGGGAGCAAACAGAACAAACGCAUUUAACUUGAUCGAUAGCAAUCAGGAGACAGGGCUGGCACAUUUGUUUAAUAGGCGCAGUUAAUAGCAAUAGCCAUAGAAUAGUGAUAAGAUGAAUGCGCGGAGAAUCAUCGUACUACCUUGAGAGGAGCGGAAAAAACCAACGCAAGCAAAUGAAACAAGUCGUAAUGCUCGGAUAUAUGAAUAUUCUUCUUGUAGAGCUUCUACAACAAGAUUCUGACCUUUUGUAUUUAUUAGCUUAUUACGGUGCGUGAUUCCUCUGCAAAGCUACGGUGCGGCACGUAGGUAUGAGAGCAAACGAGAUGUGAAUCAAUUUUUCAAAUACGCAGAGCACUCACAGUGCAGGCACGUUUUGUGUUCUUUAAAUUGUUGAGUAUUUGCAUUUGUUUUCCCUUUAUAUGGCUCCUUUCUCCUCUUUAUUGUGCUAUAGCAAGAAUCGUUGAUAAGUUCUCUCAUGCCCGGUGUAUCAACCGAGAGAGUUGUAAAAAUAAGGAUAAUUCCUCAUGGUCGUGCGGAAGUUGAAAAUCCAGUUUCUUUGUUUGUGAACCUUGUUUAAAUGGCCUAUGAUCGAAGGGUACGAAUUUUUUUGUUAUAUAUUUUUAUAUCGACAUUUUGCAGAAAAACAUGAGUAUGCUUUAUCGAAAGUAAUGAUGUUGCAAAGUUCGUCCCGUUUGUAUGUUUUUUUUUUUAUUUUGUCAAAUCGAUUGUAAACUAAGCAUACUCGUAGUGCACAAGCUACUCCACGUUGAAUCGCUUCAUGUCAAAGCGUAUAUACGGCAGCUGUGAGCCGAAGGUGUUAACAAGCCUACAAGUGACGCGGAGCAAUAGUAUAACUGGAGUACUCCACUGAUCCUAUGUAAUAUUUAUACAUUACGCGAACCCAUAACGUCAAACGAUCGAGAACGUAAAUAUAAGACAAAUGAUUGUACACAUACCA